UUCAGACUGUUCAUUAAUACAGUCAGGUAGAGGUAGGAACUGCACUGAGGAACUCCAGACUCCCAUUCAUUUUAGCCAGAUCUGCCUGGGGAAUCACUGCAGGCUGGUGAGGCAGAUUCCUGGUUUUCUGCUCUAAGAGAUGUUUGCAGCCAGGUAUCAUGUUUGGAUGGGUGAGACUUUGAUGGACUCCCAGAUUGUCGGCACUUCUGACAGAGAGCUGCAUGGAGAACAGCAGAUCCUUACUGGAAGGCAGCAUGUCUAAUUUUCCCUCGAGAAAAAAGUCUCCCACAGGAAAUGAUGUGAAGAGCACCACUGGGGGAACCACACCGAGGCAGCAGGGUUUUCACGAGGUGAACAAAAGAAGGGCCUUCUUACAGGAUAACAGUUGGAUCAAGAAACGUCUUGAAGAAGAAAAAGAUGAAAAUUAUGGUAGGGUGGUGCUCAACAGACACAACUCCCAUGAUGCCUUGGACAGGAAAAUAAAUGAGAGAGAUGGGCCAAAAGCUACAAUUAGUCGGUACAGAUCUGAUGACACUUUGGACAGAAACAUGUCCACAUUUAGAUCACCAGGAACAACCACAUUGCAGCCUGGUGUUUUAUCGAGUGCAAACACUACCUACACCUCUGCUUCCACCUCUGCUACUACCCCGGUGAAGAAAAAGAGACAGUCCUGGUUUCCGCCACCCCCUCCUGGUUUCAGUGCCACGCCAAGUACAGAGGCCAACAGAAGGGACCCAACUGUUCACCCUCCAAUACCUCCAAAGCCCAGAUCUCCUGUUCCUUCUCCUAACCAGCUGAGACCAGACAAUAGGCAGAAAUGUCCACCAAAACCAGGUGUAUAUACAGAAAUUAGCAGAUCUGCUGAAAGAAAUAUAAGGAGUCAGGAUCGCAAAAAAAUUAUCAGGAUGACCAUCACUUCGCUGGGGAAAACUGAUAAGGGUGAAGAACUGGAUAAACUCAUCAAAAUGAACAAAAGCUUGAAUAGAAAUCAAGGUCUUGAUGGUCUCUUCAGAGCAAACCCAAAAGCUGAGCAAACAGAGAAAAGAGCCAAAAGUCUUGAAAGUCUCAUCUAUGUGAAUACUUUGAUGGACAAAGAUGGCAAAGGAAACCAAACUCUUGACAGUUUCAUUAAAGAAAAUCCCAGAGCAGUCAAGAAUGACAAAGGAAGCCAAGAUUUCCAAUCUAUUAUCAAAGCAAUUGCCAUGACAGAUAAAACCAGCAAAGGAGGUGAAGACCUUGAGAAUAUAAUCAAAGUCAAUCCCAAAGGAAAGGAAAGUAUCUCUAGAAAACAAGACCUCAAUGGGCUUAUUAAGGUGAAUCCUGAAACAAAUAAAAACAUCAAGCGGGGCCAGAGUCUUGAAAAUCUCAUCAAAGUGACCCUUGAAGUAAACAGAAGUAACCAAGGUUCCAAAGACCUUAAUAACCUCAUCGAAGUAAGUCCAUCGACAGGAAGAAGUAUACAAGGGGGUCAGAGUCUUGACAACCUCAUCAAAGUGGUUCCUGAAACAAACAGGAUCAAAGCAGGGAAUCAAGAUCUGGACAAGCUCAUCAAAGAGCCCCCCUCAGCAAACAAAAGUGAACAAGGUCUUGAUCAACUUAUUAAUGUAAGCCCCAAAGCUGUCAAAAGCACCUCUGGAAAUCAAGACCUUGAUAAACUUAUCAAAGUGAAUCCUGAAAUUCUCACAACCAACCAAAGAAACCAAGAUCUGGAUAAUUUCAUCAAAGUAACUCCUACAGUAAUCAGAAGCAAUCAGAGCCAAAACCUGGACCAUCUUAUUAAUGUGAAACCUUCAACUCUUGGGAACUCCAAUGGAGACCAGGACCCAGAAAAUUUAAUGGAAGUAAAUUCUCAUGUAUCUGAAAAAAAGAAUGGAAGGCUAGGUGGCCAAGUUAAUGGAUUCACCAAUGCUCUGCACAAUGAAUCCACGAGAACCACUGCCUAUUCCUAUGAAACCAGGAACAGCUUCAGUUCCAAUGCUGGGACCAGGCAUUCAAGACCAAAGGACACUGUUGUAUACACAAGGACCUAUGUGGAGAAGAGUAAAUUACCAAAAAGUGGAUAUCAGGAGACUAUGUCUGGAAAAUAUAUACAAACUGUUUAUUCAACUUCAGAUCGGUCAGUCAUCGAAAGAGAUAUGUGCACUUACUGUCGCAAACCCUUGGGUAUAGAAACAAAAAUGAUUUUAGAUGAAUUACAGAUUUGCUGCCAUUCCACUUGCUUUAAGUGUGAAAUAUGCAAACAACCUUUGGAAAAUCUACAAGCAGGUGACAGUAUUUGGAUUUAUAGACAGACAAUACACUGUGAACCUUGCUACUCCAAGGUCCUGGCAAAAUGGACUCAGUGAUACUGGCACAUGGAAAUCAAAAUGAAAAAUAUUCAUUAAGAAAUUAAAAGUUAUAAGUUUUGUUUUGAGAAUAUGUAAUCUAGAAAAGCUUGUACACUGAAGAUUAAUUCUUGUAUAAAAUCAACAAGUCUGCUAUUGCAUAAAUAAUAUAAUUCCCCUAAGUAAGGUCAUAUACAUAAAAAGAACCACCUGGUAUCUGGCUAGAUUUAGUGAUUAAAAAAAAAAAUUCGGGUGGUUCUAGUAACCAGUGUGAAAGGAACCCUGAAUCCAGUGGUGUGAGCCCUGUCAGCUUUAACCAGGUGCAUCCCUGCUUCAUAAGUUCGCUGUGCAUCAUGGUUUCAAUUAUAACCAAAUUUCUAAUUUUUCACUUUUAUUCCCCUAAGAAUUUGGAUUCACAGGCAUUAUUAACAUCUUGACAAAUACACUACAGGAAGUAACAUAUGCUUCCUUUUUCUGAAAAAGAAAUGCUGAUAGAAAUUUUCUUAUAAAGUUUUGCACAAAGAUAACAUACAAAGUUAUAUGGACCUUAGAAAAAUAAUUUAACCUUUCCAGAUCUCUGUGACAUUAUUUGUAACAUGAAGGGCAUAGGACAAAAUGACUUCUAAGGUCCCUUUUUGCUUCCCUGGUUCUCUGAUUCUAGAAGUUUGGGUUUGCUUGCUAGAAAUAUGUCAGUAUGUGUUUUUGUUAAACUACACAGGUCAUAUGAACAAUUUGACCUUAGUGUCAUCCUUCAGUUUAUCAGCAUUUUUAUAGACUAUUUUAGAAGGGAAAUAGAUUUAUAGAUAAUAGGUAAAAUCAUAUAACAUGUAUAGUUAACAUAUUAAAAUUUGUUAAAUUUUCUUUGCAUGCAUUUCAAAAUCUGGGUAUACAAAUAAUCAAUGAGAAGUAAUUGCUAUAGAUUACAAACACAUUACCUAUAUAUCUAUUAUGUAGAACUUUGUAUUUACAGAAAGCUUAUACAAAUAAAAUGAACUAUCAGUUAUGCA